AUGGCGCCGAUUACUGUUGGAAUUCUCCUGGCCCUUGCCGCAUACUCCAUUUUUCGACUUAUCACCACUUCCCUUACCCCGAAGAAGGUACCAAAAGGACUGCACGAUGUCUCUCUCGUCGGAGCUGGAGCUCAAAUGGGUACCAUUCCGCAACGGCAGCUUCAGAAAUGGGCCUCUGAGCAUGGAGAACUGUUCAAAGUUCGCUUAGGGCGUGAGGAGUGGAUCUAUGUGAACAGCCCUGCGGCUGUCAAGGAGAUCUUCGACAAGCAGUCGCAAAACUCCUCCUCACGUGCGCCAAGUCCAGUUGUGUCGGAUAUUCUGUCUGGCGGUAUGAGGUUUCUCUUGAUGCCGUAUUCGCCCGAGUGGAGGAAGCUUCGAGCAACUGUGCACAAGCUGCUGACACCAAAAUCCUCGAAUACGUUUAUGCCAUCUCAAUUAUUCGAAGCUAAGCAGCUGUUGUGGGAUAUCCUAACGGACAACGAGAACCAGGAGAAUUUCUACAUGCACAUUCGCAGAUAUACCACGUCUGUUGUAAUGACAUCAACCUACGGACGAAGAGUAGCUGUGUGGGAUUGCGAAGAUAUCCGCGAGAUCUACGGCCUGAUGCAAGACUUCAGUGAGGCUGCGCAGCCGGGCAAGCACAUUGCUGAAACAUUCCCAUUUCUUGCCAAAAUUCCGUCGUGGAUGCAAUGGUGGAGGAAGUCCGCCUUGCAGUCCUUCCAGCGCCAGGCGGCUAUUUGGAUGAAAUACUGGACCAGAUUAAAGACACAAAUGGACUCAAAUCUGGCCCCGGAGUGCUUUGUCAAGCAGUUUAUUGAGACCGACUACAAGAAAAGCGGAAUCAGCGAGUUACAAGCUAGCUUUGUUGCGGGCACAAUGAUCGAAGCUGGGUCGGAGACCACAUCCUCAGCGCUCAACUCCUGCGUCAAGUAUUUUGCAGCGUAUCCUGAGGCUCAGGCCAAAGCAUAUGACGAGCUUCGCCGGGUGGUUGGUGAGAGCCGAGUUCCCGCCUUUGAGGAUGAGCAAGAUCUGCCAUAUAUCAGAGCUUGCGUCAAGGAGGUCCUUCGAAUCCGGCCUGUCACAAAUAUUGGAAGUCCGCAUUAUACCACGGCGGACAUCGUUUACAAGGAUUACUUCAUCCCCAAACACUCCGUCGUCUCAGUCAAUCAGUAUGCCCUUCACUUCGAUCCAAACCGCUACAAAGAUCCCGAAGCCUUUAUUCCCGACCGCUAUCUCAAUCAUCCUCACAAAGCGGGCGUGUACGCGUCCCAUCCUGAUCCCUACGAACGAGACCAUUUUGACUUCGGGGCUGGUCGACGAAUUUGUCCUGGUAUGCAUCUGGCCGAGAAUAGUCUUUUUAUUACGAUCGCGUGCAUUAUUUGGGCAUUUAAGAUCCUACCGCCUCUUGAGAACGGCAAGGUUGGUACGGUGGAUGUUUCUGAUGCAGCCUACGAAGAGGGCGUGAACACACUUCCGAAACCUAGUAAGCUGCGUUUUGUCCCGCAUAGUUCAGCUGUGGAGAACACUCUCAAGAAAGAAUGGCAGAAGGCCCGAACGGAAGGUUAUAUGCUGGGAAAUAUCAAAGUGGAUGCUGAAGGGAUGGUUGCGGGUAGCAAGUGA